GUUAGGGGGGUGGAAGGGAGGAGAGUAAAGGAGGAGAAGAAAAGGGAUGCUUGCAAAACAACCCGGCUCAGAGAACGCUCGUGUGUAUUCCUCCCGAUCAUUUUCUUUCAAAUUUUACGGUAGAUUAUGCUGAUGUGUAUGCGUAUCGUCACUGAAUAUUAAGGCGUCCGUGUCCAGGUUUAAGAUUUGGACCGGAUUUAAAAAGCACGACACGAAGGGACUAUGGAAACUCGUCGAAGAACAAAAUGGAUGCUGGUGGUAUUAGCGGCUUUGUGUAUCCAAUCCGUACUGGCACAGAUUCGGUACUCCAUUCCGGAGGAGAUGAGGAAGGGUUCUGUGAUUGGCAAUAUCGCGGCGGAUCUCGGCUUGGAUGCGAAAAGGCUGCGGCUCGGACGGGCUCGCAUCGUGAAAGGAGACAGUCUCCAAUACGCCGAGCUGAAUGCAGACAAAGGACUUUUGCUGGUCAGCGAGAGAAUAGACCGCGAGGAGCUUUGUGGCGAUACCACGCCGUGUAGUUUCACCUUUGAAAUUAUCCUCGACAACCCUAUGGAAUUACAUCACGUCACGGUGGAAAUAUUGGAUGUAAACGAUCAUGCUCCGACUUUUCAGAAAAAUGAGAUUAAUCUGGAUAUUAGCGAAUCAGCCACACCGGGCGCUCGCUUUCUAUUAGGCAGCGCAGAGGACCUUGACGUCGGGGUAAAUACACUGAAAAAUUACAUACUGACUGAGAACGAUAACUUCAUUCUUAAACAGCAUACUCGUCCAGAUGGGAUAAAAUAUGCAGAGAUGGUUUUACAAAAACCAUUAGAUAGAGAGCUGCAUCCACAGCUGUCCUUAACAUUGACAGCAGUGGAUGGGGGAGACCCUCCCAGAUCCGGCACUGUUAAUAUUAAAGUCAUUGUGCUCGAUGUCAAUGAUAAUGCACCCGUGUUUAAUCAGUCAGUAUACAGAGCAACAGUAGUUGAAAAUGCCCAGAGGGGAACAUAUAUCACCACAGUAAAUGCAAGUGAUGCAGACAGUGGCACAAAUGGAAUGAUAAAUUAUAGUUUUGCAAACCUCAAAGGCAACGUAGCUGUACUGUUUUCCAUAGAUGAGAAUACUGGUGUGAUUUCUCUUAAAGGAGACCUUGACUAUGAAAAAGUUAAGAAAUAUGAAAUUAGUAUAGAGGCAAAAGACCAGGGGGGCUUAGGAGACUCUAGCAAAGUGAUAGUGGAGGUGUUAGAUGUCAAUGAUAACGCACCCACCAUAAAUAUCAUGUCCUUUUCAUCACCUAUAGCAGAGGAUGCCCCUAUAGGCACAUCGGUUGCCAUAUUGAAUGUUAAAGAUAGUGAUUCUGAUGAGAAUGGAAAUGUGGAUUUGAAAGUUGAUCAAAAUGCCGUUUUCAAAUUAAAGUCCUCCCUAAGAGGCUAUUAUACACUUGUCACCGAUGCACCUUUGGACCGUGAACGUGUUCCAGAAUAUAAUAUUACAAUCACGGCCAGAGAUUCUGGCUCUCCUCCACUAUCCAGCCAAACAACUCUUUCCCUGAAGGUGUCUGAUGUGAACGAUAAUUCCCCUGAGUUCUCUAAGAACACAUACGAGGCCUUCAUCGUUGAAAACAACCUGCUAGGUGUGUCAAUUUUCAAAGCUAGUGCCGUAGAUAAGGACUGGAACCAAAAUGCUAGAAUAGCUUACCUUCUAGAUGACACAGCAUGGGCAGGAAGUCCUGUCUCUUCUUACAUCUCCAUCAAUGCAGAGAGUGGAGUCAUUCAUGCAGUGAGGUCUUUUGACUAUGAACAGAUGAAAAAGAUUAAAGUUUGCAUUAAAGCCCAAGAUGGAGGGUCUCCUCCCCUUAGCAGCAACAUGACACUGGAUAUUAUCAUACAAGACCAAAAUGAUAACUCACCUCAAAUACUAUAUCCAGUACAGACCAGUAGCUCUAUGGUGGCUGAAAUAGUCCCUCGAUCAGCUGAUCUCGGCUAUCUAGUCACUAAAGUGGUGGCUGUAGAUGUGGACUCUGGACAGAAUGCCUGGCUCUCAUAUAAACUACAGAAAGCUGCAGACAGGCCGCUGUUUGAAGUGGGCGCACAGAAUGGAGAGAUCAGAACUGUGCGGCAGGUGACUGAUAAAGAUGCUGUGAAACAGAAACUCACUGUUAUAGUGGAGGACAACGGACAGCCCUCUCGCUCUGCUACAGUCACUGUGAACGUGGCAGUGGCCGACAGCUUCCCUGAAGUGCUGUCAGAGUUCACCGAGUUUACGCACGAGAAGGAUUACAAUAACAACUUGACUUUCUUUCUGUUGUUGGCUCUCAUUGUAGUGUCAAUACUUUUUAUUUUCUCUGUCAUUGCGAUCAUAUCCGUUAAGAUCUACAGAUGGAGACAGAGAAAGUUAUUCUAUAAAUCAGCCAAUAAUCUCCCCGUCAUCCCUUAUUACCCAACAAUGUAUUCUGACGGAACUUUGCACCAUACCUACAAUUAUGAAAUGUGCGGGACAACUGAUUCUAGAAUGACUGACGUAAAGCCCAUGAGACCAUACAGUCAGAGCACGCUGGUGAGCCUGAGUCGACCUGGGACAGUUCAGAGGCAACAGAAGCAACAGGCUGGAGAUGCCGACGAUAUCUCCCCAGAGGUGAGCAUUGUAGCAUUAAGAAACUGGUAAUACUUCAGAGUCUAGCUCAUGCUACAUGUACAUGUAAAUAAAUCAUAGCCAAUACGUCGGUACAGCAAGGAGAGGAUGUAUAUGUACCCUACUUCCCAUCCCAUGCAGAGGCAAGCAGAGCUGGGACGUAAGAAGUGUACAUGAUCAAAGAUGAGAGA